CCUGAAUCGAGACUCUGUCUGAUCUAAAUCUCGGCGUGACUUCCUGAACUCCCAUCGUCGACUUCUUCACCAAGUCGGUAUGACAGCUACUGACGAUGAAAAGUCGUCUCCCGGGAGCACUGGCUGCGAGAAGUCGGUCCCUUGCCGUCGCAGCCUUUGCCAUCCUCCUCCUUCUUUCGCUUUGGACCUGGAAGUGGCCGGCAGGUGCUCCUCGCCCUGAUAUUCCACCUCACACCAGUGACGGUCUUUCUCUCGACUCACAGUAUGCAUAUGCCUCGGCUGCGGAAGCGGCCUCUUACAUGCGCACCAAUCCACUGGACAAGUCGCAAUUCGGCGAGAUGGGAAAGAGAAUGAAAGUUAUCAAAGAAUGGAUUAUUCACAAGGAGACGGCGAACCUGACACCACAGGAACAUGAGAAGUGGUCCGAAUUGAUCGAAACGGUGGCUGUAAGCCUGGUACCGUUCAUUCAAGCACCGGACUCUUCCCCCAACAGUGAACCGCUGGGAAACCUUCGUAAAAGAUACGUUCCCGGCUCCAAGGGACUCGUCAUCACCACGGGCAAGCAACGCUUCCGGUACGCAUGCCACCUCAUCACCAGUCUCCGACACGUCCUGGGGUCGAAACUACCGAUUCAGAUUGCUUACUCGGGCGAAGACGACCUGCCAAAAGCUUAUCGGGAGUUUAUUACUAGCCUGGCGCCAGACGUGUCAACCUACGAUGUGACGUCUGUCUUUGACGAUCGAACGUUAGACCUGCCGCACGGCGGCUGGGCCAUCAAAGCCUUUGCCAUUCUUGGGAGCACCUUUGAACAGGCCAUCUUGCUCGACGCAGACGCCGUGUUCCUCCAGCGGCCCGAGGUCAUCUUCGACGAGCAUCCUCAGUACCUGGAGACCGGUACGCUACUGUUCCACGACCGUCUCCUGUGGCAGGGCGCCUUCAAGGAACGUCACGCAUGGUGGGAAAAGCAGCUCGAGAAUACGACGCUCAGCGACACGAUCAAACAUUCCAAAGUCUAUGUCGAAGGGUAUGCGGAAGAAGGUGACUCUGGUGUCGUCGCUGCCGAUAAGUCGCGCCUCGACGUCUUCAUCGGUCUACUACACAUUGCGUGGCAGAACACAAAGGAAGUUCGCGAGGCGUAUACAUACAGACAGGGCCACGGCGAUAAGGAGAGCUGGUGGUUUGGAUUCGAACUGACCGGCACACCUUACUCGAUGGAACAGCAUUAUGCGGCCAUCACGGGCCACGUGAAACUGGACAGCAGUAGUGGAGUCCCGGAGAAUAGAGUCUGCAGCUUCACCAUUGCCCAUGUCGACCAUAAGUCCCGCUUACUCUGGUUCAACGGGAGCCUUUUGAAAAACAAGGAAACUGACUCGGUCGAAUUCGAUGUUCCGACCGAGUGGAUGGUCGACGGCACGUGGGAGAAGGGCGCUACGAAACAGGACAUGAGCUGUAUGAGUGGUGCAGAGGUUCGGUCCAUCGAUCAGACUGUCGUCAAAAUCCUGCAGGACUCGGUAGAGCGAGCACAAAAGGUGGACGACGACCUGCGCAAACUUAUCCCAGAGUCUGUGCCCUGAAGAUCCUGGAUGAUCAAGCGAUUAUUAUGACAAUGGAAUAAUGUGGCGCAGUGCUCACUUUUUCUACGACGACUCUGGAUAUCUUAGGUUGGCGUGAGAAAUAAAAGACGGUCGCUAUAUAGGUGUGUACUGUAAUAUCAUCAUCUGAAGAAACUUA